AUGUAGUUGAAUGCACUACAAUACUUGCUCCCCAAGAGCACCUGCAGUCGGCGAGGCGGAAGUGACGUCAUAGGGUCAUGACCCCGUCGUAGUUUCAGUGUCGAGUUCCUGGAACUUGCCAGGGGAAUAGCAAAUGUGAUUACAGUCCAGUAUUGUAGCAUACCUUAUAAAGGCCUCGGGGACUGCGGGGUUUUUGGAGAAUAUCUUGGAUAAACCACAAGUUGUUACUGAUCGGACAUUACAAUAAACAACCAUGGAUUGUUUGGCGUCGUGUGGAAAAUGUUUUCUGAUGCUCAUCAACACAUUGUUUGGGCUGCUUGGUUUGGCAUGCCUUAUCAUCGGGUUGAUAAUCAAAUUCGGGAAGAGCGUCCUAAAUGACGUCCUCAAGACGGUGAUGGACCAAAUAGGGGAGCAAAUUGAACCCAUGCUGGAAGCUAUCAACAUGACAAAGGAUGACUUCAUUGAUAAGUUGGAUCUGACGGAACUACUGGGAAGUGUAGCCAUCAUCCUUAUCGUGUUCGGGGUCGUACUGUUGUCCCUGGUCAUAGUCGGAUACUGUGGCACGUGCUGUAUGAGUCGCUGUCUCCUUAUCAUAUACAGUGUGAUACUGAUCAUCCUUGCCUUGGUGCAGAUUACAGGACUUAUACUUCUGUUUGCCAGUCGUGACACGUUAAGUGACCAGAUAAAGGCUCCGAUAAAGGAAUCACUAAAGGACUAUGAAGGUGACCAGGCAGUGGACAUAAUCUCAGUAGCAUGGAACGCAGUCAUGUUACAGAUGAGCUGCUGUGGCGUUGACAGUUAUAAGGAUUUCACUUUGGCUACCAAAUGGACGAAAUCCUACACGGAAGGUAGUACAACAAUUAAUCUCGAUACACCCCUCGUUUGUUGUACAACGACAGUCAGGGAAAAUCUGGGUACAACUGGUAUACAAGUGGGUGCAGUAGCAACUUGUGCUAAAACUCCUCUCCUUUCAGCGGACAGUAAUUUUGAGUCCGGUUGCUAUGACGCCGUUUGGGCAGAAAUUGACAAAUCCAAAACAACAGUGAUCUUGAUAAUGUGCGCAAUCAUCGCUUUUCAGGCUUUAAUGAUAUUUUUCUCGCUGUGGAUUGCUCGUGCUAUCAGGAAGGAGAAUCAAACCUCACCAAUCGGAUAACCUGUGUCAAUGGACCUGUCUAUAACUAGCAACAGAAUAACCAAUAAAACAGCAGAAAAGUGAGCCCAAUCGAUUGCUAAAACGUUUGAUUAUCAGAUAAAUCUAGUAUUUGAAUGUUUAAACAUCCUACACAAAACUUUGACAGUAUGAAAUUAAUUUAUAUAUUCCGCAAAAAAAAGGCUAAUUAGGAUAGAUUUUUUUGUCUGUUUUACUGGACACAGAUGUAUCUAAAUGCUAUUUAGAGUGCAUUCCUAGAAACAAUUAUUAGGCCAAGACCAUGAUUGACAACAGAUUUCAUCUCAAUCAAAGGUAAUUUUGUAUGCUUGAACAUAUAAUCAUGUUGAUUUUGAUUUUUUUUCAAAACUUAUUCAUUUCCUAUAUUUUUGCUAUUAGGUUUUCUUUCUUAUUUCGUUACUGUGUUUUAAGAAAUCUAAUUAAUAAGUUAGCACUAAUUUAUAAUUCAAUUACGUAUUAUAUAUUGCUUUUUUAUGAUUCGAUAUGAUAGUUUAAGGGAGUUAAAAAUAUUUAAUUGGCUCAUUAGCCACUACCAAACGAUUAAUUUUGAUUUUGGUUAAUAAAAACAAAACAAAAAAACAAAAAAAAACAAAAAAAAUCAUAUGAUUUUUUUUUCAAAUAGGAAAAUCCUUGUUAUUACUUGGCACUCAACGAUGGAUGUAUUUGUUUUGUUUUCAUCGUGUAUGGGGAAUCAAGAAAGUUUGGCUGCUAAAAUCAUAUACAAGAUCAUAAGUGUUAAUAUUAUAUGAAAUCUAUAAUCCGAAUCCUAUAAUUUUAUGUGCCAUAAGCCCUUUGAUGAGAAAAUGUUUUAAAUUAAUUCACAACAAGUAAGAUUAUUUUUAUCAUAUAAAUUCAAUGGAAAAACUCAAUUCAAUUCCCUUUGGAACAUGCUAAGGUGGAGUCGGCGGAAAGCUUAUACAAUGACAAUUAUAUUACAUCAGACAGACAAUAGUGGUAUGACAAAAAGUGAGGAUUACAUCUACGGACGAGUUAUCGCCCUUUCUUUAAUAUAAUCUGAGUUAUUCAAAUAAGGUCGGGGUUAUCUCCCCUGACUUAAUAUCUAUCUUGUAACAUUAUACUGUAGUUAUGUAGCGACACUAAGUCAAAUCAUUGUCCAAAGGAGUUCGGGAUUACGAAAUUUGAGUUAUUUACAUGCCGUAUAAUGCAUAUUGAAUGCUUUAUUAAGAAAUAUUUAGGAGGGUGUUUUCUAUAAAGAUUAAUAUAUAAAAACGCUGUGUCAAGGUAUAUACUUUUUGUGUGUGUAUGAUGUCACGAUUUGUUCUUGUGAUUUCACUAAACAAUCCAUUGUUAUUUUUAUUUCACUCUGGUUUUAUGGCUAGUUAUGGUAUUUGUCAAAGUGUUUAUUUUGUGCUGAAAUUGAGGUAUUCAUUAUUUUCGAUAUUUGCAAUGAUUUUUCUUUUUAUAAAUGUUUAAUACUAAAGUAUUCGAUCCGUCCACAUUGUGCUUUUUGAUUGUAUUUAUAUUGUAUAGCCGUACUUUUGUAUUGAAUAGUAUAUUUUCCUUGUUGAUUUUUUUGUAACUGGCAUAUUAUUGUUAUUAAUUUUAUCCUAUUUGAUUGACUAAACAAUUGCUUAAUGCAAUCAAUUUUGGAUUAAUCGUUUCUCUUGAAUCCUUAUAAUGAUGUACUGCAGUCCAUUCUCGUGUAACUGAAUACUAGGGCAACCAAGAUUUCCGUCCGUUUCGGUAUAAUGAUCCAUUGCUGUCCAUUCUUGUAGAUUCGUUUUAAUGGAUUUCCCUCUGUUCCUGUAUAAUGAUCUAUUGCUGUCCAUUCUUGUAGAUUCGUUUUAAUUGACCUCCGUCCAUUCCUGUAUAAUGAUCCAUUGCCGUCCAUUCUCUUUAAAUGAUAUAUUUUUGUUGAGUCAUAUUGAAUAAAAUAUUGCCGUCCACAUUUACUAUUUAAUGGAUUAUCGAUGUAUCUUUAUACGAUCAGUUUAAUUUUUUCAAUAUAUUAAAAAUGUGUGACAUUUUUUAGUGCUUGACUAGUGUGCAGAUAUGAAUUUAAAAACAAACACCGAAUUUUCUUCGCUUGAUCACAAAAGAGAAAAUGUUUAUUGUUUAGAAAAACAUAGAUUUCAUUUGUCGAGAAUAUCACAGGCCUGAAGCUGUGAAGGCACAGUGUUUUCCUUGUUAAGAUAACGAUAUAUCGGAGUUCAUUCUGAAUAACUAUAUCUAUUAAAAGGAUAGUCAAAAUUCAGGUGUAAAAUUGAAUAAAACUGUCAAUCGUAUUACCAUAAAGUGAGUUAAUGGGACUAUUCUCAUAUUAGUUAAGGUGGUAUGGGUUUUCGGUACUCCGGUACAUCUUGUGUUUCUUUGUGAUAGAAUUCUAAUAAUUCUUGUGUGUGAUACUGAUGUGCCAAAAUCAUUUGUUUUAGCGGUGUGUAUAUAUUCAAGAAAAAUAAAUAAAUUGAAACAAA